UUUUUUGCAGUUUCCCCCUAAUAAUUUUGGAUGUAAAGGUUUUCCUUAAAUUGAAGUAUAAAAAAGUCUUCAUCAACACUCAAUAAUAGAAAUGGCGGGUUCAAGAAUUUGAUUAUUCCGAAAUCAAAAAACAAAAAACCUUCUUCUUCAACACUCGGUCUCACUGGCCAGAGCUCACUCUUGUCGUACUUUUUUACAGAGAGAAACUGCGAAGAAUAAUUCGAGGAGAGAGAAAUUAUCCAUUAAAAUGGACUCGAUUCCUUCAUCAACUGCACCAACUACACUACGGUGGAAUUUUGAAAGACCUUUCUUAACUGGUCGAUUUCAUCAGGAGGUUAAGGAUUCAUCUCUUAAUUCAGAAAUCAAUGGUUUCUCCAUCGAUUCCUUCAGUUCAGAAGUGGAGAAAGUUAUUGGAUAUUAUCAUGCGUCUGUUCAGGAACUCAUUGUUAUCGACGAUCUUCUUUCUGCUAUGGUUGGAAUUGAAGGGCGCUACACUUCUAUUAGAAGAAUCUGCGGCAAGGACAGCGAAUUUACCUUCCAAGUUGAUGCAUCUAUGGACUUGGCUCUCCAAGAGUUGGCGAAGCGCAUAUUUCCAUUGUGCGAAAGUUAUCUAUUAAUUGAUCAGUUCGUUGAGUCAAGAUCACAGUUCAAGAAGGGGCUGGUUAAUCACGCCUUUGCAGCUGCACUUAGAGCACUUCUUCUGGAUUAUCAGGCCAUGGUGGCUCAACUUGAGCAUCAAUUUCGCCUCGGUAGGCUUUCAUUGCAGGGAUUGUGGUUUUAUUGUCAGCCAAUGAUGGGAUCGAUCAAGGCUUUGUCAUCUGUGAUCCAGAAAGCUUCAUCAAAUGAUUAUGCAGGUGUAGAUGUUCUCAACCUUUUGCAAAGCCAGGCCAAAGCCAUGGCUGGUGAUCAUGUGGUAAGAUCAUUGCUAGAAAAGAUGGCCCAAUGUACAAGCUCAGCAUAUCUCGAGAUUCUGGAAAGGUGGGUUUAUGAAGGUGUGAUCGAUGAUCCUUAUGGUGAAUUCUUCAUAGCAGAAAACAAAUCUCUGCAAAAGGAAAGUCUCACCAUGGAUUAUGAUGCAAAGUAUUGGCGACAACGGUAUAGCCUCAAAAGUAGCAUUCCUAGCUUCCUUUCUGAUGUUGCUGGGACAAUUUUGACAACAGGGAAAUAUCUGAAUGUCAUGAGGGAAUGUGGCCAUAAUGUUCAGGUUCGAGUGUCAGAAAAUUCUAAAUUGCGGAAUUUUGGUUCAAACCAUCACUAUCUUGAAUGUAUAAAAUCUGCAUAUGAUUUUGCCAGCGGUGAGCUGUUGAAUCUCAUCAGAGAGAAGUACGAUCUGAUGGGAAAACUGCGAUCGAUAAAGCACUAUCUUCUACUUGACCAGGGCGAUUUUCUUGUACACUUUAUGGAUAUAGCUCGAGAGGAGCUGAACAAAAAAAUGGAGGAAAUCUCUGUAGAGAAACUGCAGUCACUUUUGGACUUAGCUUUGCGAUCCACAGCAGCAGCAGCAGAUCCUUGUCAUGAAGAUUUGACAUGUUGUGUUGAAAAAUGUACUUUGCUUAAAAGGUUGAGCAUGCUCAAAGAUCUUGAAAUUAGCAAAGCUAUAUCUGAUAAUGAUCUUGAGGAACCAGGAAGCAUUACUGGCCUGGAGACAUUUUCCUUGAGUUACAAGGUACAAUGGCCACUCUCCCUUGUUAUCUCGAGAAAAGCCCUGACCAAGUAUCAGUUAAUAUUUCGUUUUCUGUUUCAUUGUAAACAUGUCAGCCGCCAGCUUUGUGGGGCCUGGCAAAUGCACCAAGGAGUUCGUACUGCUAAUUUAAAGGGAACUGCUAUCUCUCGUUCUUCCCUUCUCUGUAGAAGCAUGCUUAAGUUUAUCAAUAGUCUUCUUCAUUACCUAACAUUUGAGGUUCUUGAACCCAAUUGGCAUGUGAUGAACAACAGGCUGCAAUCAGCGAAGAGUAUAGAUGAGGUUCUCCAGUAUCAUGAUAUAUUUCUUGAGAAGUGUCUAAGAGAAUGUAUGCUGCUUCUUCCCGAACUUCUCAAGAAAAUGGAGAGACUUAAGCUUAUAUGUCUUCAGUACGCUGCAGCUACUCAAUGGUUGGUAUCUUCUUCUAUCGAAAUUGCUGAACCAUCAGAGUUGGGUAAAGAAUCAAAGUUCAGAACUUCAUCCAAGGCACUUAAAUUCACAGAAAAUGCAAAUGUUACAGAGUCUGUCUUGAAAUUUGAGAAAGAAUUCAAUGCCGAACUUCAAAGCCUUGGGCCAAUUCUGAGCAGUCAUUCGCAAGCAGAACCAUAUUUGACUCAUUUAGCACAGUGGAUUCUUGGAGUUGGAAACGAACAGUAAGUUUGUGUACAUAGGCAAAUCAGCAAGUAUUGAGUUUUAAGCAUUCGAGCUUGCACAUGUUCUUGGUGUUGGUGUGUCAUUGUUUUGUUUGAUUAAAAAAGAACAAGAGAACUUGUAUUAAGAUCCGUAUUUAAAGGGAGGAUUCGGAUCCGAAUCCACGGUCCAAUUUUUCAAGACCCAGAUCCGGAUUUCGGGUUUGGGAAACUCUACCGAACUUCUCAAGGUAAAUCACUAAAUCUUGUAUAUUGAUUGAAUUUUUA